AUGUCCAACUUCAUCACAACAAUUAACCCGCGGACUCGCGCACCCUUCAAACCAUCGAAAGGGAACCGAGGCACAAGCAGCUGGCAGCUCAAGCAGUAUGCCGAGGCCACGCUUGGUAGCGGUAGCCUGAGGAAAGCCGUCAAGUUGCCCGAGGGUGAGGAUAAGGAUGAAUGGCUUGCUGUAAACGUCGUCGACUUCUACAACCAGAUUAACCUGCUUUACGGCUCCAUUACUGAGUUCUGCUCGCCACAGAGCUGUCCAGAGAUGAAGGCAACGGAUGAGUUUGAGUACCUCUGGCAAGACUCGGAAAACUACAAGAAGCCCACAAAGAUGCCGGCACCGGAAUACAUCGAACAUCUGAUGGCAUGGGUCCAGUCUAACGUUGACAAUGAGGCCAUGUUUCCUUCGCGCAUCGGCGUUCCCUUUCCGAAGACGUUCGCGGCCCUCAUCAGGAACAUGUUCAAGCGACUAUACCGUGUUUACGCGCACAUCUAUUGCCACCACUACCCCGUCAUUAUCGAGCUGGGCCUAGAACCACAUCUCAAUACUAGCUUCAAGCAUUACGUGCUGUUUAUUGAUGAGCACGGUCUUGCCAGUGGAAGCAAGGAUUUCUGGGGGCCAUUGGGAGAUUUGGUGGAGAGCAUGCUGCGGAGUGACUGAACACCCCGGAGCGUGAGUUGAUGAGAUGAGUGCCUGAUGUCAGAAAAUGACUCGAAGCACUGGUAGCGGAUGAAUCCAAGUCGUAACGUGUGGGGUAUUACACACACUCUGCAUCCAUUUGAAGGCGUUGAGGGGAAUAGGGGUCUACCAUAUCCUGGGGCAUAGUAAGAACAUUUGCGUUUGUUAACGAUGUAUCAAUAGUAAUGACAGAACUAGCAUG